GGGGCGCGACGCUGAGCGCAGUAUGGCGGCGCUGAGGGGCUGGUGGAGGUUGGCGCUCGGCGGCCAGAGCAGCUGGUGUCCAGCUCCGCUGUGCCGAGGCCCAGCGCUGCCGAGGCCCCCGCCGGGUCUUACCUAUGGAGUUGGCGGACCGCGGCGGUGGACGUCGUCCUCUCAGCCGGGCCCUGCGGAGAGUGACCCUGGUGAGGGACAGGUCUUCCUCAGCGAGAGCUGUGUGAAGAGGCUCCUGGAGAUCACAGAAGGCUCAGAGUUUCUCAGGCUGCAGGUGGAAGGAGGUGGCUGCUCUGGGUUCCAGUACAAGUUUUCCUUGGACACAGUUAUCAAUCCCGAUGACAGGGUAUUUGAACAGGGCGGUGCCCGUGUGGUUGUGGAUGUGGACAGCCUGGCCUUUGUGAAAGGCUCCAUGGUGGACUUCAGCCAGGAGCUGAUUCGCAGCUCCUUUCAGGUGGUGAGCAACCCCCAGGCAGAGAAGGGUUGCUCAUGUGGGACUUCCUUCUCUGUCAAGUUCUGACUGGACUUCUGUGGAUGGACGCUGCCGGCCAGUGUUGCCCGACAGUCUUCAGAGGGCUUUCACUUUUUUUCCCAUC